AUGGAAGAAGAUGAACUUUCUCAAUGUCGAGCUCUGUACUACGUCGGCCUCUACGACCUGUGCAUCGCGCGUUGCGGCGCGACACACGUGACCGGGACGCUCGCCCAGCAAGAAAAAGAAGGAAUGCUUUACGCUUGCCGCCUGAUGCAGAGUCGCCAGAUGCAAGGGAACGUGAACCCCAAUGAGAUCCGAGCGAUGAGCGCGAGUCCAAAUCCGUUCCUGCGCAGUCUCGCAGUGUACACGCAGUUCCUUGCUGCGACGUCUUCGCAAGAGCAGCUGACCCUGUACCACCAACUCCGCGCCCUGAUGCAGGAGCAAGCGAACACGUUCUCCGUUUUCUUCGCCGCCUCGGCUGCGGCGGCGCUGGGCAAUUUCUCCGACGCUCUUCAGUUCGCUUCUCAACUCCAACUCCUUGAAAUGCGAGUCCUCAAGCUCCAGAUUCUGCUCCUCAUGAACCGAGGGGACUUGGCAGAAGAAGAGGCGCGCCAGGUGGCUGCACAAAAUGACGACGCGCCUCUCAGCAAGUUGGCAACGGCUCUCGUCGACACACGGAAAGCAGCUGCAAACAUUCAACGAAGGGACUGGAACUCUGCCUUCGAAGAUGCCCUCAAGGCUUAUCAGCAGGCUCCGCAAGACUCGGACACGUUGGUAAACUUGAUUUGCUGCUGUCGAAACAUGAAGAGGCACCAGGACGCGGAUUUCUACGUCGAACGCCUGAGCUCCGUCGCGCCUUCCCACCCGAUGGUUGCGAAAAUGCGUGAACUGCAUGCGGCGUUUGCCAACGCCGGGGUUCCUCAGACCGCGAGUCCUCGAACCGCAGUUCCUCUCUGA